AACAAGAGCUCGGGGCGAGAGGGCUUCGGCUUGGACUUUGCCUCCUUUCGCGCACGGCGCACGCCAGUUUGGUGGGAACCGCUCGCCCGUCUUGCGCUCGCCUCUCCAGCCUCCGCCUUGGAAAUUGUUCCCCUGGGAAUUACAACCUAACCGCAGAAGACCAUGAAUAACUACAGCGUUUCACUGGUGGGUCCAGCUCCUUGGGGGUUCAGACUCCAAGGUGGGAAGGACUUCAACAUGCCUCUCACUAUCUCUCGGUUGAGUGAUGGAGGCAAAGCAGCUAAUGCAAACGUCGGAAUAGGUGAUGUGGUCCUUAGCAUUGAUGGGAUAAGUGCGGAAAGUAUGACUCAUCUGGAAGCACAAAACAAAAUCAAGACCUGCUCGGGAAAUCUGAUUAUGAAUCUGCAAAGAGCACCUGCAGCUCCAAAGCCAGAUCCAAUUCCUGUGCAACAGGUAGAGCCCAAGGACCUAAUUAAGCCUGUGCCCAUUGCAUCUCCAGCCGUGCCCAAAGUUUCAUCCACAACCAGCAUGGCCUUCAAUAAGGCUCCCAGGCCCUUUGGAGCUGUGUCCUCCUCCAAGGUCACUUCCAUCCCAUCACCGUCAUCUGCCUUCACGCCUGCCAGUUCCAGUCUUCCAUUACGUGCUUCCCCUACACCUCUGGCCACUGUCACGCCUCCCCCAUUCACUGCCUCAGGAGCGCAUGUUAACCUCAAAGCUAAUGCUGAUCAACGUUGCCCUGUGCUGAAUGCCGCAAAGCCUACCGUUAAUACCCCAUGGCAAUCCCCACACAAUGCACCAUUCAGCGAAAGGGCCCCAGAGGUGACAGAGGGACAGCAAAGUGGAUCCAGAGAGAACCAGGGUGACAGUAAACAGCAAAAUGGUCCACCACGGAAACACAUUGUGUACAGAAAUACAGAAUUUUUCCAUCCACCGGUUCAUAGCAACAACAGCAAGAAAAGACUGAUUGAAGAUACUGAGGACUGGCACCCAAGGACCGGAACUACUCAGUCACGUUCUUUCCGUAUCCUUCAACAGAUCACAGGCACCGAACGUAUGAAAGAGCCGGAAUCCGACAAUCUAAAGAAGGCAAAGGAAAGUCAAACAGAGAACGGAGAUCUAAGAGAUCUAAUGAAUGGAUUAGAAACUCAGCACUCCCAUUCUGAAGCUACUCAGAUCUGUGAAAUACCUGAAGAAUUUCAACAAUCAGCACCACCACCAUCACCACCACAACAACAACCACAAAGGGCAGAAGCAAAUUCAACUAGUUCUGUGACCAUAGAGCCAGCUCUUACUACCAUUUUUUCUACCACACUGUCGGGACCUAACCUCUCUGCUCCAUCUCUCAGGAGAGAACUUUUUAUCAACAAUCCUCUGGAAGCCUUACCCAAGUGUGCACCUCAUCCACCUGUGACCAUCCGUAUUAUGAGUAUUAACAGCCAAGUAGCUAUUGUGUCUAAAACAACAUCAGUUAUUGCUAGGUCAAGAAGACUAAAAACUCGGUCUUCUGAAUUGAUUGCCCCAGUUCCAAAGCUGGGGACAAAUGAAGCUGAUCAUAAAAAGAAUCUACCCAUGAUGAGUACUGUGGGAACCCAGACAUUUGAACCACUAGUACUUUCUCUUGCUUCUAUGGCAUCUGCUUUGUCAGCCCAGCCUGAGACAUCUACAUUGGAGCCUCCAUUUACUGGCAGGACAUUGCUAUCGGAAAAUCCAUUGGGAAGUUUUUUAACACGUCCUCAAAUGCCCUUCACUUCAGUUCCAGUGAAGGCAACAACACAUGUUAGGAGCAGUGCUGCUGUUGCUGUAUCUGCCGCUGUAUCGAUGCGUUCCAGACUUCCAGAUAGUAGUAGCUAUCGUUCUCUGUUGGAUGCUCUUCUCAUUACUCCUAUUAUUAAACCCCCACUUCUGGAAAGCACAAGGCCAUCAAGGAAAUCUACAAGUGUUCUGGAAGUACAAAGGAAACGGAGUGAUUCUUUGGAACCCACACAAUUUACUACUUAUACUGCUGCUGCUGUAAGAAGCAUGCCUGAAAACCCAGAAAAUGGUGCCAAUAGGCCUAUUUCAGCCGAGUCUGGAGCAGGAUUCAAGCCCACAGGACCUCAAUAUGCUGAGAAAACCUCAGGCUGGGAGUCUUCUAAGCAACCAGCUGGAAGUGGAUGGAUUUCCAACAACAAUACAACCUCUGGUGAGAAAGCUACAGCCGCACAGCUGCAAACCAAUGAAGAUACUUUGGUUCAGAGAGCAGAGCAUAUUCCAGCAGGCAAGCGGACUCCAAUGUGUGCUCAGUGCAAUCAAGUCAUCAGAGGGCCUUUCCUCGUAGCAUUGGGAAAAUCCUGGCACCCUGAAGAGUUCAAUUGUGCUCAUUGCAAAACUUCCAUGGCUUAUAUUGGUUUUGUGGAAGAGAAGGGAGCCUUUUACUGUGAGGGUUGCUAUGAGAAGUUCUUUGCCCCAGAAUGUGCCCGAUGCCAGAGGAAGAUACUUGGAGAAGUAAUAAAUGCUUUGAAACAAACUUGGCAUGUCUCCUGCUUCGUGUGUGUGGCCUGUCACAAGCCCAUUCGCAACAAUAUUUUCCACUUGGAAGAUGGCGACCCUUACUGUGAGACAGAUUAUUAUGCAUUAUUUGGUUCCAUGUGCCAUGGAUGUGAGUUCCCUAUUGAAGCUGGGGACAGGUUUCUGGAAGCCUUGGGCCAUACUUGGCAUGAUACCUGUUUUGUGUGCUCAGUAUGCUGUGAGAGUUUGGAGGGCCAGACUUUCUUCUCCAAGAAGGAUAAGCCUCUGUGCAAGAAACAUGCUCACUCUGUGAACAUCUGAAACAUUAAAGGUUACUCCAACAAAUGGGAAGACAAGAAAAGAACAUGGCCGGGUGUUGGUUUUCAAGAUGUAUUUAUAUAAACUUUAAAUUUGUAGAAGCAAAGACAUGGGAAGAAAUAGGGUUUAUGCCUUCACAUGAAAUAGAAAGGGGAAUAACUAAUUAGCUUUGGUCUGAGAGCUUCUUGUGGCGUUUCAGUUGUGAAACUGAAAAUUUCAAUCCAGAAUUUUAUUUGGAGGGCACCAGGUUGGAAAUAGCUGAGUUAAAGUAUAUAAUAAAAGAUUGAAGCUAGGCAUUUGUUGUUAAUGAGAGUAAAUCUUUUUAAAAAGUGGACGUUGCUGAUUGGUUUUUAUAAUCAAGUAAUGCUUUGCCUUAAUCCAACACUUUGUAGCAAAUUUUGCAUUAUUAUUUAAAUACUGUAAGAAAUAACGCAGCUUCUUGGAUACUGCAGAAAGUAAAGAGGAUGGACCCUGAUACCUAGCAAAUUUAGAACUGGGUUUGUAGUUGCUUUGCAGGUAGGGACAAACAUUUUGGUUAAUUGAUCAGUUCAGGUAGAAUACAGCUCUUUAUCAAAGAAAGAUUUGUCAGUGAACUGAGAAGAGCAAUCUUCAUUAGAUCUCUUCUGACUUCAGACAUCUUUGCAAUUCUGCAUAGUAGGGUUUCCAAAUCCCUUUGGAAGGCAGAAUUCUUAUGCUUGUAUUCUGCCCAAUGAACUGUUAGAUAUUUAGAUUUUCUGUUAGAAAAUAAAGCUAGCAAAUUCAACUGCUGGCACAAAAGAGAGCAUUAACGUUUUUGAGAAAAUUUGAAAAAAGUUAUCUGUCCACAUAGUUCCUUUAAUUCCCACUGGGCAUACAAUUUGCUUUUUUCCUUUACUUUUUUUUUAAAAAAUUCAGAAAUAAUGCCAAAAAAGGUAAAAUAAACUUUACCCAUCAAGUAAUUGAAGUACUCACUGUGAUGAAAAGUUCUGUAAGUGUUCAGGAAGCAUAUGCACAUGAUCUUGAAAUAAUGGCAGAUAUUAAAAGAAGUCUAAGUAGUACACAUAGAUAGAAUUGAGGUACACUCAGAUUUACAUGAAUUAAGUCCUUACUUAUCAUUUACAUUGUGUGCACAUAGCACUUACUUUGUUGUUGUAACAUACAAAAAAGAGUAGCGGAUUUUAAUUCCAGCUUUCUUAGGUAGCAAGCUGUGGUGGCACAGUGGUUAGAGUGCAGUACUUCAAGCUACUUCUGCUGACUGCUGGCUGCCAGAAGUUUGGCAAUUUGAGUCUCACCAGCUCAAGGUUGACUCAGCCUUCCAUCCUUCCAAGGUCGGUAAAAUGAGGACCCAGAUUUAUGGGGGCAAUAUGCUGAUUUUGCAAACCGCUUAGAAAGGGCUGCAAAGCACUAUGAAGCGGUAUAUAAGUCUAACUUAUUGCUACUAUAUUGCUAUAGUAAAUACUGAAGAUUUUAUUUUCUUUUAUGGUUUUGUCAUCAGCUGCUUUUAUCAUAAGUAUGUAAAAUACAUACUGAAUUAUGUUGAAAUGCUUGUUUGCUUCCUGUACGUGCAUUUGUGUGUGUGUAUAAGUAAAUGAACUAAUUUUUCAUCCUGUAUAUCUCACCUCCUCUUUUGAUAACAGUAGGAAGAAGAGAGAAAAAGGAAAGACAAUUGAGAAAGAUUUAAAGGAAUAAGUGGAUAGAUUCCCAAAUGACCAAAGAAUUUAAAUAAACUGUAAGUGGUCUGAGAAGGCUGUGUCAAGGAUCUUUAUAAGGAUAGGGAAAAGGUCACUUUUUGCAAGAUGGUGAGCUUAGUGUCAUGUUUCACGCCUCCCAUUUUUGUCUACAUUGACACUUUACACAAAUGGGAUGGAGUUUGGAUCACAUUGCUACACCUGCCAUUUACAGCUGUUGACUUUGGGAAUCCAGAGAGUAGAGCCAUUGGCUACUACUACUUUUUUGGAAAUGCUAACCUUAAGAAAUUAAAAAUUAUGAUACCUGAGGACUAAACUGAAGCAUUAAAACAAAGAAAGGCAUAAUUUGAAUACAUUAACAUUUACAACUUGAAGCCCUCUUGUAGUCAAGAUGCCCUCCAUAAUAUGUUUUCAGAAUGGCCACUGGACUCACAGUGGAUGCUUUUUGUGUGUACUAUGGAUCAGUCAGAGCUGAACUAUGAUAAUUUUGUGUAAUAAACUAUAGUAUUUCCAUAUUGGAACCAAUCUAGAGUUCCCAAGUAUUUACUAAAGAAAGGAGGAUUAUAUUGAAUUUUGUGUAAGUUGUGUCAUGUGAUGACAUCACAAAGUAAAAGGAGGGUUUGGUAUUAAAUCUUCAAUAGUAUUCAUUCCAGUGUUGUAAGUAUUCCAGCAUUUUCACUUGAGAAGCAUGGAAUAAAUGGACAGGAUCAGAGUUAUCCAAAAUAGUCUAUUAUAAUCAAAGGAAUUUAAAUUAACCAUAUUUAAUUUAGAUUCUAUUGUUUUUUAUGGAUCUGCUCUAAGUCUGUAUCUAGCCCCUACUCAUGAGGUUUAUUCUCUAUUCCUUAGCUUCUUUAGAUUUAUUUUUUUUUUCAUUCAUUAAUAAAUAUGAUUCAUUCAUAUAUAAAUACCAUAUUUAUGUAUUGUAGGAGAAAUAUGGUUACCAAUCAGCAUUUCACAGGGCAAAUUACAAUUUGUAGAAUAAGGUGACUUUGACUUUCGUGGCAAAUGUCCAGAAUUUGAGAAGUUAUUUUACUCUGCAUUCAGGAAAUGCAUAACCUUCCCAUGACUGAGAAUUUGGAGAAUUGAAAUUUCAGCCUCUGCCAGAUUGAAUAAGAUUUGAGCUAGCUGCUCUCAUUAAAAAUGGAAAAUAGAACACAGGAGGAGAGGAAGGUAGUUGAGUGGGUAGUUUAUGUAUACUUUCCAUAGAUAACAAGCCACUUAUUUUAUCAGACAGGUUGGAAAUUCACCUUAUUUAUGAAAGCCUAGAUGAAGAGCUGUUGCAUAUUGUAAUUAAUUAGUACAUCAUCCUUUGUAAAUAAUGUCCUUCUAUUACAAGAGCUAAAGCAAAAAUUAAAGAUGGUUUGGUCUUCGUAUCCUGCUAAUCAAGAGUUUUGGGCUGAUUUUCAAAAAGCAAAGAUGAAUAAAGUUGGACUUGGUUAUUCUGUACUCUUUGUGAAGUUAGUUUGGUUUCAGUCAAUUUAUAUUCUAAUGAUCUUGAUACCAGUUCUCAUUUUAGUACAUUGCUCUGUUUUAAAACAAGUGGUUUUCUUCCAUCUUCAGCCUAAACACAUAACUGCUUCUGUUGUCAUUGUCUAUCAGUUCAGUUGUUGUAAAAAGUCUAGUCAUUAACUUGACCUGAUGUACACAUCAAUAAACACAACCUGUGGAAUUAUA